GCUCUUCACCGAAGAAGAAUAUCAUCUUAAUAUCUCCAUCCAUCCAUCAUCUACACCUGUUAUCCCGCUCAACUGAACUGAAUUUAAUCUAAUCUGGACUUGACUUGUCAUACGGCGAGGAUUUUGCUUCUUAUAAAGAGAUGUCGACCACCAGCUGUGAGUUAUCUGAGGAGCAGUUUCGCUGCUCCAUCUGUCUGGAUAUGUUCACUGAUCCAGUCUCCAUACCGUGUGGACACAACUUUUGCAAGCGCUGCAUCAUACGUAACUGGGAUGUCAACAUGCGGUGUGAAUGUCCGUUGUGCAAGAAGGCUUUUAACAGAAGACCUGAGCUUUUUGUGAACACGUUCAUAGCAGAGAUAGCCUCUCAGUUCAGACGCUCUAUGAAGAAGACCAGAAGAUUCUUGAUUCAUCGACGUUCCUCUUCUGGAGAGGUUUGUUGUGACAUCUGCAUCAAAACCAAAGUGAAGGCGCUGAAGUCCUGCCUGACGUGUUUGACCUCCUACUGUAAGACUCACCUGGAGUUUCAUCAGAAGAUGAUCGGACAGACGAAGCAUGACCUGAUUGAUCCAGUAGGAAACCUGGAGGAGAGGAUGUGCAAGAACCAUCACAGACCUCUGGAGAUGUUCUGUAAGACAGAUCAGACCUGUAUUUGUCUCGGCUGCACUGAAUCCAGUCACAAGCUUCAUCCCAUUCUUCCCUUGAUGGAACAAUAUGAAGAGAAGAAGGCUGAGCUGAGAGAGACAGAGGUUGAAAUUCACAAGAUGAUCGAGGAGAGACGAUUGAAGAUUCAGACGCUGAAAGAUUCAGUGAGGCUCAGCAGAGAAGAUGCAGACCGAGAGUUAGCGGAAGGUGUGGUUGUCUUCACUGCUCUGAUCCGGUCUGCUGAGGAACGCCUGGUUCAGCUGCUUAACUUCAUUGAAGAGAAGCAGAAAACAACAGAGGAAAGAGCUGACAGCUUCAUCAAAGAGCUGGAAGAUGAAAUCUCCAAACUGAUGAAGAGCGCCAACAAGGUCAAGCAGCUUUCACAUACUGAAGACCCCCUCCAGUUCCUCCAAAACGUCCCUUCCUGCCCUGCUCCACCUACCAAAGACUGGACUCAGGUCCGCGUUCACUCAUCAUUUGAAGGGACUGUAAGGAGAGCUGUGGCCGAGCUUGAGGAGAAACUCAGCGAAGAGAUGGAGAAUCAACGCGAGUCUGAGCUGGAGAGGGUCCAGCAGUACACUGUGGAUGUCACUCUGGAUCCUAACACUGCAAAUCCAUCCCUCAUCCUGUCUGAUGACAGGAUACGAGUGCAUCAUGGCAAACAACAGAAUGUUCCAGACAACCCAGAGAGGUUCUCUAAGAGUGCUUGUGUUUUAGGAGAGCAGAGCUUUACAGCAGGAAAGUUUUAUUUUGAGGUUGAGGUGACAGGAAAGUCUGAAUGGGAAUUAGGAGUGGCCCUCGGAUCAAUGAACAGGAAGGAGGAAAUCUUUCCAAGCCGAGAGACAGGCCCUUGGGUUUUGCAGUUGAGGAAUGGAAGUUAUUACAUAGCUGUCGGAGACGUCUUUGUUUUGAAAUCAAAGCCUCAGAGGGUGGGAGUGUUUGUGGAUUAUGAAGAGGGUCUGGUCUCUUUCUACGAUGUAGAUACAGCGGCUCUCAUCUACUCCUUCACUGACUGUAAAUUCAGAGGAAAACUGUACCCGUACUUAAACCCCUUAGGGGACAACCAUGCCCUUCUGAUCGUCACUCCUGUGAUACCAUGA